AUGACUUUACCUCAGCAGGAUCAAGAAGCGCGUGGUGCCAAGAAAAAAGCUAUUGAAAACACAGUUUGGAAGCAAGACAAACCAAGACGCAAGAAUGCUACAGCGACAUCAGGCCAAGACCGUCCUGCCCCCAAAAAGAGAACUGGCGCGUCACCGGCGCCUACUCCAAGUCGGAACUCCAGCUCAAAUGGCAAGUCAAACAGGACUGUGGCAUCAAGAAAGCCGUCGACACUGAAGCGUCAUUGCGACAUGGUGGAGAGCGACACAGAUGAUGACUUGCUGGAAGCUCCACUGAUGGUUGAAGAUGUGGCAUUGCCUAAAGAUGAAGAUGAGCAGAGUGCUGACUCUGAUGCGAGUCUGCCCAGGGACAAACCGAGUCAGGAUGGCUUACUAACCGAUUCAGAUGGUAACAAGAGCAGUGCCACUGACAGUGAGGAUGAAGAUUUGGCUGUGAUGAGGCUUUCAGAUGAGGUCGUGUCGGUCAUCACCAACAAGCAGCAGGUAGUAUCAAAAUCACGUGGCACUUCAAAAGCCGAGUUGGCCCGAGAUCGCAAACAAGCGGUAGAGACUCCUACCUGGGCCAAUUUGGAUGUCGAAUGUGCAGUUUCAGAGUCCAUUGAAGAUCCCUCGACUGGUGGUGACUCAUCAGAAUUUCAACUUUCUGACAAUGAAGGCACUGCACUGACUCGGAAACUUACUUCUGACACGAAGCCUCGGAGUAUCGCCUCACUCAUUAAAACAGAAAGUGGAAAGGUGAAAUUACUUGAUCAGAACUUAGAGACUCGCAAAGUUCUUCAGUCCGCAAUUGUGGAAGUCAAGUGCCACCUUUAUUUCGCCAACAGCUAUCCUGAACUGGUCGACAAGAACCAAGUCGCACUGCAAGCAUUGAUAGUAGUCGCCAAAAAACGUGGUGCGCAUUCAAUCAAAGAACGUCUUCAAUCGGACAAAUGGUAUGCGUCACAACUCGGUAGCUUGUCUCUAACCAUAUACGAGGUGGAUGCUCGUGUUCCAAUAUUGUGCCAUGAGUUGAAGGAAGACGCAUGUGUGCAUGCCGAUGGUUACUUUCGCCUUGGACACACCAAUACUGGGAAAGCUGCAAUCAAUAAUGAGGCCUCACCCAUUGGAAAGAAGCCCUACCAGGGUGAACUCUUAAUUUUCCUAAUAUAUCGGCAGCUCUUUCAUAGCUCGAAAUCCAUUGCCAUCAAAUUUGUGGAACACUUCAUCGAAAUCGCCAACAACAAAGGCCAGCGCCCCGAAGUCCCUAUCCCUUUGCUGGCAUUGGUUGCAACUGCGGUGUAUGCAGCCCUUCUGUGGAAGUCGCAAGGUUCAUCAUCAAAAUUCAACUUUACAGGAAAUUUAUUCAGCGAGACAUACAACUAUCAUGUCAGGUUCCUGGAAAAACUGAAGAAGGACGCACCUGCGAAAUUCCACUGUAUGAUGGCUGACAUCUAUGAGGCUGCACAGAAGUUGCGAUACAGCGGUGCCGCUGCCGGUGGCCAUGCUGCUGAGCUCGAAGCAUUCGAGUUACUUGACCUCAACAAUAUGGAAGAAGAAUGA